CCUGGAGGCUGUCACCAAGGAGGUCCCUGUGAUGGCAGUGCCCCCCGGUGGGCUCCCAGAGGACUGCAGCCAAGGCUCAGGAGACCAAGGCACAUGACCUUUCCAAGAAGAAGGCAUCCUCCAAGAAGAAGACCGAGUCUGUGUUGGACUCUGGUUUGGAUUCCCCCCUGUUCCUGCCCUACAAGGCCCUGGUCUCGACCGUUAGCAGUAUGGUCUUCAGUCAGGGAGAGGCCCAGCGCCUCCUAGAGAUCCUCUCUGACAAGGCUGGCAUCAGACAAGACACCUGGCACGUGGCUACUCAGAAGGGCGACCCAGUGGCUGUGAUGAAGAAACAGUUGGAGGAGAAUCAGAAACAGCUCGCUACUCAGCAGGAGGAUGCCUCUGCAGCCAAAAACAGACUCCGGGAACUCAGCAGGGAGCUCUCUGCUGAGAAGUCCAAGGUGGCCAGUGUGGAGACCAGGCUGAGUUCCCAGCUCUCAUCCAGGGAGCAGGAGAUGAUCGCCCUCCAGGCUCGUAUGCAGGCCUCCUACCAGGACCACGUAGCCCAGACACAGAAACUCAACGCCAAGGUCCUCAGUCUUCAGGAGCAGUUGGAGUCUGGUCCCACGGCCCAGCUGGCUCGUCUGCAGCAGGAGAACUCUAUUCUCAGAGAUGCCCUGAACCAGGCCACAAGCCAGGCAGAGAGCAAACAGAAUGCAGAGCUGGCCAAGCUGAGACAGGAUUGUGCCAAACUGACCAAAGAGCUGGGGGAGAAGAGUGUGAGCCUUCAGACUGAUGAGGUCAUCAGGACUGGACUGGAGGCUAAGGUGUCUUCUGUAGAGAAACAAUUGUCUUCACUACAGGCCAGUCAUGCCGAGAGUGAACAGGAGCUGCAGAGGAGGCUGGAGGAGGUCAGUGAGGAGCUGAGGAGUUCUCAGAGGACCCUGGAGAAAGCCCAGCAGGAUGCUGCCACCCUUUCAGAUCUCCAGGUCCAUCUGGGCAGUGUAGAGGAUGAUCUGAAGGAACGUGGGGCCCAGCUGGAGGCCCUCACAGCCCAGCUGGAGCUGACUGAGCUGGAGAAGGGACAGCUGGAGGACCAGGUGGGAUCCAUUAAUGUACUUCUCAAGGCCAGCCAGAACAGAGACGAGAAUGAGGACUUGGAGAUGUGGAGUUGGUCUUUUCUCAACAACACCAAUCAUUUCUCUUCCAGUCUUCAAGACCGAGACGUUCAGCUGGCGUCACUCCAAGAGGAGCUGAAACAGCUCAAAGAAAUGAAACAGGAGGCAGCGAUGACUGCAGAGGUCAUUACAGCUGAGACUGAGCAGGCACCUAACAGUGAGGACAGAUGCCUGGUGGUGUCCCUUCAGGAAGAACUGAAACAGCUUAAAGAAGAGAUGGAACAACUACUAAACUCUCCCGUAGCGCCCCAAAGUUUUGCGCUAAAAUCGGCUAAUGUCUCAGGAGAGUCUGAUCAGCUACUCAAUGGUCUGGAGAAGAGUGAGAGCCAGGAAGUAACACUAGAAGAGGAAGAGAUUCAACUCAAAGAAGAAUCUGACCAGGCCCAGAGCAGCACCAUUCAGUCGCACAACACAGCAGAACUGGCCGCGCUACAAACCAGUCUGGCAGAGAGGGAAGCUAUGAUGAAAUCCCUACGAGAGGAGCUAAGGGAAGCCAGGGACGAAUCACAGAAGGUACAGGAGAUCCUCGCUCAGGUCCAGCAGAGCCAAGAGUCCCAGCCGAGCACAGAGCUGCCGGAGCUGUUGGAGAAACUGAAGGAGGCAGAGGAGAGCCACGGGACACUGCAGGCACAGUGUGACCAGUACAGGACAAUCCUGGCUGAAACCGAAGGAAUGCUGACGAACCUUCAGAAGUGUGUUGAGGGGGAGGAGCUGGUGUGGAAGUCCAAGAUGGCCGACUCUGAGGACCAGUUGAAGAAGGCCCUGGAACAAGUGCAUACUCUGGAGGAGACUGCAGAGAGCUUGAAGACAGGAAACCAAAGCAUAGAACAGCUGAAGGAGCAGGUGAUGCUUCUGGAAUCCCAGUUGGAGAAACAGUAUGAGACGGAGGAGGAAAUGGCACAGUUGAAGAAGCUGCUGUCAGAGUCUCAGAGCCAGCUGGAGUUGGCCCAGACGCAGGCCCAGACGCAGGCCCAGACGCAGGCCCAGACGCAGGCCCAGACGCAGGCCCAGACGCAGGCCCAGACGCAGGCCCAGACGCAGGCCCAGACGCAGGCCCAGACGCAGGCCCAGACGCAGGCCCAGACGCAGGCCCAGACGCAGGCCCAGACGCACAGGGAAGAGCUGGCUACGGUCAGAGGUCAGCUGAGUGAGGCGACGGAGCACGCUCAGAGCCAGAAGGCGGUCCCUGAGGCCGGGGCACAGAACGGACAAUCGGAGCCCGAGGUCCAGUCCCAGUUGAGUCAAACCACGGAGGAGUUUGAACAGGCUCAGAAGACUGUAGAACUCCAGGCUCAGAAGACUGUAGAACUCCAGGCUCAGAAGACUGUAGAACUCCAGGCUCAGAAGACUGUAGAACUCCAGGCUCAGAAGACUGUAGAACUCCAGGCUCAGAAGACUGUAGAACUCCAGGCUCAGAAGACUGUAGAACUCCAGGCUCAGAAGACUGUAGAACUCCAGGCUCAGAAGACUGUAGAACUCCAGGCUCAGAAGACUGUAGAACUCCAGGCUCAGAAGACUGUAGAACUCCAGGCUCAGAAGACUGUAGAACUCCAGGCUCAGAAGACUGUAGAACUCCAGGCUCAGAAGACUGUAGAACUCCAGGCUCAGAAGACUGUAGAACUCCAGGCUCAGCUGGACAUUCUGAAAGAGGCAGGAGACUCCCCACAGGCAGACACCGAGGACGUACCCCAGCUAAAGGAAGAGAGUUCAGGACUGAAGGAAGGAACAUCUGUGUAAGAGACUGAAGACGUGACACUUAAACAUGAUUAUCAUAGUUAUGCAUU